CAACUUAUACUCCACGAGAAGAGAAGAGAAACAAAAGUCAGAGGAAAGUUAACAACAAUGGCGGCGAGCAGCAAGAGAGGGAUAGUGAAAGUGGCGAGGAAGCUGCAGAAGGCGCUGGGGAAGAAGGAGGCGUUGGUGGCCUCGGACGUGAAAGAAGGGCACUUCGUGGUGCUGGCGGUGGGAGGAGGAGUGGAGGAGCCUCGGAGGUUCGUCGUGCCGUUGACCUGUUUGACCCACCCAACGUUCCUGAGGCUGCUGGAAGAGGCGGCGGAGGAGUACGGGCUCGACGGCCGCGGCGGUGCCUUGACCGUGCCCUGUCGGCCGGAGGAGAUGGAGCGGAUUCUGGCGGAGCAGUACUGGGAGGAAACGACGUCGUCGUCGAGUUUGGCCAGGCGGGGUAGAAAUGGUGGUGGUAGUAGGGAUAGUAAUUGGGGGUCUUCUUCUUGUAAGACUAUGGUUCAGAGCUUCUAAUCAUGAAUGAAAGCUCUCCGUUUUGAUUAGUUAAUUAAUUAAUUAAUUAAUUAUCGAUAUUAAUUAAACAAUCAACCGCCGUGCCGCUGCUUCUGAUUUUUUUUCCCCGUUGAAUGGUUGGUUUGCAAACUAGAGUUCAAAUAGUUGAUUUUGGCCUACUAGUAAUGCCACUAGCCUAGAACCUGAACGUCUCAUAUUCGAAUUCAUUAAGUAGUACCUUAAUGACAAUAAAAUGAAACCUAUAUCACCAUUAUCAAAAAUAAAUUAAUAAUAAUUAAUUAUCGAUAUUAAUUAAACAGUCAACCGCAGUACCGCUGCUUCUGAUUUUGGUUAAAUGGUUGGUUUGCAAAACUAGAGGAUCAUGAUCUAAAUAUUAUUUUAGCUUGAACAAAAUUAAUUAAGUUCACUUGUUUAAUUAAUUAGGGUUCAUUAGCGCAGAGAGGGGGGGGGGGGGGGGAACAUUGUGCACCAUAAAAUUUGUGACUACAGAUUGUAUGAAAGUCACGGUAAGAUACAUCUCAUCAUUUGCGAAUAAAAGUUAAAAUUUUCAAGAAAUGCAACUAAUUGUUUAUUCAAAUUCACUAAACUGUGUUUAGAAUUAAAUGCAAGCUACAUGUUUAGGAAUAAAUCAUUUUACAUUUGGGUUAAUAUUUUCGUAUGGCCUGAACUUUGACCAAUAUAAACAUCCUGGCCAAUCUUUUCGAUCUAUAACAUCCUGGCCCGAACUAUACACCAAAAUAAACAAUUUGGCCAAACCCGAUGUUUGACCGUUCACUUGGACGGUCAAACGCGUUGACUAACGGUCAACGCCCACGUCACUGCCAAGUCAGAAGAUCUGAUAAAGAUUUAAUUUUUUUUGUUUUUUAUUUUUGGUUUAACUAUGGUAUUAGAUGAUUUUUUUUAAUUUAUAAUAAUUUAAAAUUAGGGAAUGUGUGGAAAUUGUGAAUUAUUUUAAAUAUUUUAUGCUAACUUGGCAGUGACAUGGUGCAUUGACUAACGGUCAACGCGUUUGACCGUCCAAGUUAACGAUCAAAAGUCGGAUCUGGCCAAAUUGUUUAUUUUGGUGUAUAGUUCGGACCAGGAUGUUAUAGAUCGAAAAGAUUGGCCAGGAUGUUUAUUUUGGUCAAAGUUCAGGCCAUACGAAAAUAUUAACCCUUGUUUGUUUGAAUGAAUUUUCUUUUGGUUGGUUUCGUAUUGAGUAGACUAAAAGGUUUGGAAGUUUUUUUUUUUUAAGACAGAUGCUAAUGCAUCCUAAUUCGUAUUUAAUUAAACAACCAUGAGUUUUUGUCAACUUACACCAUGUGAGAGCAAAAAAUUGAAGUUUGGAUG